GGUAAGGUGGCUCACACAGCUUUGGUGUGUCUGCUAAAAGUCACUGUCCGGGACCAGCGUCGUUGGUUGAGGAGAGGAAGAUCUGAGUGAACGUAUCUGACGCAUGACACUCAGCCUACGUAAGCUACUGAGGCCAUUGGGACAGGCACUCGCACACAGACGCAGCUGAAGUCCACCUUUCCUCUCAGGAUUGUUUUCUCAUCGCAGCCGCUGACAGGUGAUCUGUCACCAUGUUCAAGAAAAGGAAGUCUGCCCCUAUAACGCAGCCAAAAGCAACGGCACCAUACUCAGAGCUAGGUGCUCUGGUUGAUAGGCUGCAGGGAAAUGCUGAUAAAGUGGAAAAUUACAUAACUGAUAUUGAGGCAAACCUCAACAAGGAUGUGGGUAAGAUCAAUGAGGGGAAGCAACCGCUGUAUCAGGAUGACACCAACAAGAGAAUCCUUAGUUGUCUGGAACUUCUAGACGGGCUGGAUGAAGAGGCUGUAAAGGCAAAGAGUCUCAAGCAUCCACAGGCUGAGAUGAUAGAAAAAGACAUGAAGCAACUGCGUGAGAGAGUGAUAAAGCUUAAAGAAGACCAUGCCCACAUCUACCACUUGAACAUCACGAAGGGGACACCCACUAUCAACUGGGGGGACUUGAUGGGCACCAAAGAGAAACAAUUGGCUGAAAAGGGCUUUGGCCAGGACCUGCCAAGUGUGGAAAAUGAAGUUGAGGAACACAACAUCUUCCACAGUGAGGUGGAGGCACUGGCUCCUCACCUUUCCGCUAGUGGAGACAAGGAAUAUGUCAGUGGUCUCCAGAUGAAGUACAACAAACUGCUGGCCAAUUCAAGUGCUCGUCAGCGUGACCUGCUGAGCCUACGGGACUACAUGCAACGCUGCACUAAUGAACUGUACUGGAUGGACCAGCAGGCUGAAGAGAGGAUCAACUAUGACUGGAGUGACACCAACCGGGAUUACCUUGCACGCCAGAAGCAGUAUGAGAACUUCAUUGGUAAAUGUUUGGAGUCCAAGGAAGCCACUAUCACCAAGCUGAAUGAUGAUGGCGAGAAGCUGAUUGCUGCUGACCAUCCAGCGAAGAAUGUGGUGGAGGCUCACAUGGAGGCAGUUCAUGCUGACUGGAAGGAGUACUUGAAUUUGCUUAUCUGUGAAGAAAACCACCUCAAACACAUGGAUGAGUACCACAAGUUCCACAAGGAGGCGCGUGACACUCAGGACUUACUGAAGCGGUUGGACACAGAGGUCAACCAGAAGUACAACCCAGAGUUUAAAGAUGUCUAUCAAGUGGAAGGUCUCAUCAGGGACAUCGAUGACCAGUCCAAAGCCAUGGAUCACUUUGAUGAACGGGUAAAGGCUCUGCAGAAGCGCAGCCUGCAGAUUUUGCCUUUGAAGUAUCGCCGGGAAACCCCGCAGAAUCUGCUCCCAAUUGAGGCUCUAUGCGAGUUUGACACAGACGAGGGUCAGAUUAGCCGUGGGGAGAGGUACACUCUGCUCCGAAACAAUGGGACCAGAUGGGAUGUGAAGGACGCAGCUGGACGUAAACUAACUGCCCCAGCCGUCUGCUUUAUGAUCCCUCCUACUGACCAAGAGAGUGUUGCCACCUCUGACAACCUGGCCAGUCAGCAAAAAGGUCUCAAACAGAAGACAGCAGCCUGUAAGGAUACUCUGCUGAAACGCUUCAAUGAGCUGAAGAAGGAGAGUGGGACCGGCACAGCUACAGACAAGGAAGAACAGCAGUGCCGUCAGCUAAUGGCUGGUCUGGACAGUGUCAUGGGUAAUCUGGACAAACAGGAGAAGGCCAUUUAUUCUCGAGUGCGCCCACCACUUGAGCAGAAUAGGCCUCUGCAAGACAGUGCUGACCGUCUGCAAGAUAUGGGGGACAUUGCUGCUGCUGUCAGUAAGAUUGAACCAGAGAAAUCCUCCAAAGUACAGGAAGCAAAGAACUUCUUGGUUUCCAACCCAAACUGUGCUAGUGCUCCUCAGCUAAGCACCAAGGUGGAUGAAACCAACAAGAAGUACAACAAGGUUAAGGAACUUCUGCAGUGCUCCCAGGAAAAAUUAAAGAAUUCCAACCAGUUGGAGACUUCCCUGCAAAAUGGAAAGACUUUAAUUUCCACCUUCGAGAACAAGCUAGCCAGGGAGGAGGUCGCUCCAGCUGACAUCUCAUCACUUGAGAAGACUCAGCGGGAACUUGCUGAAACUGGAUCAGACCUGAGGUCAAAAAGGGCAGUUAUUGCUGAGACAGAGCAGAACCUGCGCUUAGCUAAAAACAGUUGUGACAACAUGGCCACCAAAUUUCAGGAGCACUGCCCUGACAUUGAGAGACAAGAAGCAGAUUUCCAGAAGCUCAAUAAACGCUACAACAAUCUCAAUAGGCAGAUUGACGCAAGGUCUCAACAACUGCAGAGGGCAAAAUUUGCUUUAAAAAAUUACCGCAGUGAUUAUGACAACUUGAACAGCUGGCUGUCUCGUGUCCCAAAUUAUGAACCCCGUGAAACUGAUGACGCAGCACAAGUGGAAACCAAGCUAAAGAAUCAGAGGAACCUGCUUUCUGACAUUGCAAGAAAGGAAUCUGACUUGAACAAUGUCUCCAAAAAUGCUCAGCUUUACCAACAAGCCAUCAAGGACUAUGAGAAUGAAACCGAGAAGUUUAGAUCCAUCCUUGACCUUGAGGAUGGACUUGUACCCCAGACGUACAAGAGGAGCAGAAUGGAGUCACCUGCAGAGGGAGUAAAGGCAGAGGAAGCUGCCAUUGGGGCUAGAUUUACUGAGGUGAAUGCUGUGAAUAACCAAAGGCUGCGGAGUCUGGAGUUCACUCAAGGUCUUCUUAAACAGCAAGCGGAGUCCCCCAUGAUCCAGUCAGUUAAUGUCCAAUCAGUGAGUUCUUCUGCUCCAGGAGGAGAAUCUUGGAGAGUCAGGAGGAAUCUGGAAGAUGAAAUCCAAAAGCGAGAGCAGCUUGAAAGAGAAAUUGAGACCAUCCAGACUGAUAUCUAUGUUCUUGAGGGACAGAAACCACAGGAUACAAUUGUAAAAAAGGAGUUGAUUAAAAAAGUUCCUGACCCACAGCUGGAUGAAGAAGUCCAUAAGGUACAGCAGAAACUCUCAGAGGAGCGCCGCACAACUCAUGUCUUGGAAAAUGACCUUGAGGUUCUCAGGUUGAAGCUACGUGGCCUUGAGACUGAGGUCAAAGAAGGGGCACAGCAGUACACAGUGAAAGAGGUCCUGCGUAUAGAGAGAGACCGGGGUCAAGAGGAGGAAAUGCGCAAGCUUCGGGAGGAGCUGGAUGAGCUGAGGCGACAGAAGUUGAUGAAAGACAAUGAGAUCAUUCAGAUACAGAAGCAAGUGACACUCCUGGCUGAAGAGAAGAACAAGGAACAGGAGGUGAUUACUGAAGAGGAGGUGAUCAAAGUCCAAAAUGAUCCCCAGCUUGAAAUGGAGUACCGAGUGCUCCUUGACAGGAGGCAGAGGGAAAUGGAUGGCAGGAAGCAGCUGGAGGAUGAGCUGCAAUUUCUUCAGGACAAGCUACGAAGGCUGGAAAAGGAGAAAGCGAUGGCAGAGGAGAAGAUUUCUAUCAAGGAGGUGCUAAAAGUAGAGAAAGAUGUUGCCUUUGAAAGGGAGGUAGAAAAUCUCAGGAGGCAGUAUGAAGAUGAGAAGACCAAACGAAGAUCAUCACAGCGGGAAAAGGUUGAUCUCCAGAGGAAAAUUACUAGCCUAGAAGAGGAAAAGUCCAAGGUUGUUAUCCAGGAGAAGGUACGGGAAAUAGUUCGUCCUGACCCCAAGGCUGAGAACGAGGUAGCAAAUCUACGACUUGAACUUGUAGAGCACCAGAGGCGCUAUAAGGAUGCAGAGCUCCAGCUUAGAUCACUGCAGGAUGAACUGACAAUGCUGAGGAACAGGGGACCUCAAGUGGAGGUUAAGGAGAUCAUUAAAGAAGUCAUCAAAUACAAGACGGAUCCACAAACUGAAAGAGAACUGGAAAGACUUCGCAAUGAGAUUGUAGACAAAACUCACCAGACUGAGAAAUCUGAGAUGGAAACUCGCCAACUUCGUGAUGAAAUUCAAAGAUGGAGAGACACUAAACCCCAAGUGCAGACUAAAGAGGUAGUCAAUGAAGUGCUGCAGUACAGAGAAGACCCUAAAACUAAGGAAGAAAUUGAGACACUCAAAAGAAAACUAGCUGAUGAACAGAAGAAACGUCUUGACCUUGAGAACGAACGUCUAGCCCAAGAGGAGAAAAUCAGACUGAGGAAAAUGGAUCUGUCUCAGAUCCGUGAGAAGAUUGUCCAGCAAGAGGUUGUCAAAAUGGAAGAAGAUCCCCUCCUCCGGUCAGAGUGUGACACCUUCUCCCAAAACAUAGGAAAUGAACAGAAACUAAAGGAAAGCCUGAAAUCAGAGCUCUACCAACUGCAGAGACAAAAAACUGACUUGGAUCUGCAACUUGAAGAUCUGGAGCGUGAGCGUAGGGCAAGGCGUGAUGCAGAACUGGAGAUCCAGAGGCUUCGGGUAAGACUUCAUGAGCUUGAGAUUCAUGAUAAAGAAAACCGUGAAAAAGUCACUGUCAAACAGAAAGUAGUCCUACAGCAGGAUCCCCAGCAGGAGAAGGAACACUCCAUCCUUAAGCUACAACUUGAUGAGGAGAAGCACAAGCGCACUCUGCUAGAGAAAGAGUUGAAUGCUCUCAUCCAGCAGCAGAUCACCCUGGAGCAGAUGGAUGUGAAGGAAAGAGUUGUCCGCACUGAGAAAGUCCAAGUUGAGAAGGAUCCAGAGGCUGAAAUUGAGAUUGAGAACCUAAGGAGAACUCUUGAAGAGGAGAGGAGAAGAAAGCGUGACCUGGACCAGGAGUUGACCAGCCUCACUUCAAGGUUUUCUGAUAUGGAGUUCUCCAACACCAAGUCUUCAAAAGAACUAGACUACAUCCGAGAUGAAAGUAGCAGACUGCAGCAAGAAAACCAAAGGCUUCAGAAUGAGAUCCGCAAGCUGCGGUCUGAGAUUGAGAUCACCAGCAAAGAGACAAGGCUUAUUACUGAAUCUGCUCCAAGGGAGGAUGGAAAGAACCUUGAGUUGAGGCUUGAUUCCCUACAGAGGGAACUUGCAGAGCUAAGAGGCAUAACCACCCAGAAGGAUGAGGAGAUUGAGAAGCUUCAAAAGAAUCUGUCAGCAGUGAGAAUGAAGAGGGAACAGAGGGAGAGUCACCUCCGUAGGUCUAUUGUGAUCAUUGACCCAGAUACAGGCAAAGAGAUGCGUCCAGAGGAGGCCUAUAAGCUAGGGCUUAUCGACUGGAAGAUGUUUGUCAACUUGCAGAGCCAAGAGUGUGACUGGGAGGAGAUUACAGUCAAGGGCCCCAGGGGGGAAUCCUCUGUUCUUCAUGAUAGAAAAUCAGGGAAAAAGUUCUCCAUCGAUGAUGCGUUGCGUCUUGGCCACAUCACAAAUCGUCAGCUUCAGCAGUACAUUAACAAAGAAAUCUCAAUCCAGGAAUUUGGUGUUAUGGUGUCGGGACAAAAAAAGUGAAAACAAAUAUGCUAAAGAAAAUAUUGUUUGAUUUGAUGCUACAGUACUUCCUUUGUUCUGUGUUGUUCAAAAUCACAUGUAUUUUUCUAUUCAACCAUCUUGACUUCACUGCUAUGGUUACUAAGCAUUAGUUUAUAUUUUAACCAUGAUUUAAAAAUGCACUAUAUAUUUAUUUGCUUAUGCAUUUAAUAAUCAGUUUAACAAGCAUGUAUGAAUGAAUUGACAUAACUGUCACAGCCAACUACAUAGCAUUUUAUAAGGGAAAAAGUUUGCUUUGCCAACAUCUUAAUUUGUAAACUGAGUACUUUAAAAGUUUCUCAUACUGUGUGUUCCAUUGCAGCUGAAACUGACAAGGGUUAUAAUUUUUUCUGGGUUUAUUUUCUUCAGGUUCCUCUUAAUGUGUGCUCUGUAUUUUUCAAUAAA